GGGUGGGGAAAUGAGCCCAAAUAAUCCUUCCUUAUAACUCCCAUGACUGCCAGGGUUUGCCAGAUCUUGUGGAUUAUCAAACUGAAGACCCACCCAUGCGGGCGUAGUUUAUGGGCACUUCACGAUCAUUCUUGUGCGGGGCGGGAAGCUGCACCGUCACGUAAUGGUGCCAAGCAAGCCACCCAGGGCCUAGCAUCAGGAGCUCCAGACAGGAACGCGGGGGCCCGAGAAACGUGGACACUACCGCCCUCCCUGCCCCAGGGUCUUAGCAUUGGGGGGCGAGGGGCUGAGAAUCCUUUAUCACCCAACGGCGAAAAGUGCCAGGCGCUGUGACUUUCACUGGGCAUCAGCUCCUUCUGAGCUCGGAGUAUCGCUUCCGUCCUCUCUCGAGGAAAUGGCUACCCUUUCCUUGCCAAUGCCUUAAAGGAGAGAAUAGGAAGCGGGUUCUUGAAACUGAUUCGAGAGACGGAACUCAAGCUCCCAGCGGAAUUCUCGAAAAGAAGGGGAACGUAAAAAGAGGACGCUGUCUCAGUGAUCUCCGAGUUAGGUUUCCCCGCGUUAACUCCUGCAUGUGCUUGACUCCAGUCAGCCACCGUAGGCCCCGCAAGCCGCAGGACACUCUGCUCCGGUCCUUUGGCCUGUUAGCUCUGCGCCUGCUCGCCAACUCGCGGGCCUGGCGCACCCACCCACUCCAACUCCUCCGCAGCCGCCCCCGCGGGCCGCGACUGCGCAUGCGAACUGACGCCCCCACCGGCCCGGCGUGGGAGGAGGGGAUGGAAAUGAGGCUGGGCCCAGCAGCUCGCGCGCGCUCCCUCCUUUUCCCUCCCGUCGCUGGGCGCGCGCCGGGUGGUGCAGCUCCCCAGCAUCCGAAGGCAGGGCUGCAGUGGCCACGGCCGCCAAGGGAGGGGCCCGGAGCCCCGCCCCCAGGGAGGGGCCGUCCGCAGGUCUCCCCUCUCCUCUCCACGUCUCCAGCUCCGGGGUUGAAAAGGCAGUGCACGCGGCGUCAAUGAACUGAGACUGAGCCAAGAGCCGGGCCCUCCCUCUAGGUUUCUGGGCCAGCAGGAUGCUGGAGCGAGAGGAGGAGUCUGCGGCCGGGGGCGCCGAGCCUAGUCCCGCUGACAAGGAGCCUGUGACCAAAGGAGAAGCUCCCGACCAGGGCCCGCCGCAGAAGCCCAGCCAGUCUGUUCCAGGGCCCGCUGCCUCCACGGGGGCGCCUUCCCGACCCCGCCGGAGACCCCCGCCCCAGCGCCCGCACCGCUGCCCCGACUGUGACAAGGCCUUCUCGUACCCGUCCAAGCUGGCCACGCACCGGUUGGCACACGGCGGCGCCCGCCCCCACCCGUGCCCCGACUGCCCCAAAGCUUUCUCCUACCCCUCCAAGCUGGCCGCCCACCGCCUCACGCACAGUGGCGCCCGCCCGCACCCGUGCCCGCACUGCCCAAAGGCCUUUGGCCACCGCUCCAAGCUGGCAGCCCACCUCUGGACCCACGCUCCCGCCCGCCCCUACCCGUGCCCCGACUGCCCCAAGUCCUUCUGCUACCCCUCCAAGCUGGCGGCCCACCGCCACACGCACCAUGCUACCGACGCCCGCCCCUAUCCUUGCCCUCACUGCCCCAAGGCUUUUUCAUUCCCCUCCAAACUGGCGGCCCAUCGCCUGUGCCAUGACCCCCCGACUGCGCCGGGCAGCCAGGCCACCGCGCGGCACCGCUGCUCCAGCUGCGGCCAGGCUUUUGGCCAGAGACGCCUCCUACUCGUUCACCAGCGCAGCCACCACCAGGCUGAGAGCCCCGGGGAGCGGGAGUGAGCGCUCCUCUUGGCUCACUGGCUCCCUCUGCUGCCAGCCCCAGUCAAUAAAGAGGUGGCAUCUCUAA